AUGUUUUUGGAUUUGCCUGAAUCAAGUUCAUUGCUGACAUUGAAGUCUUGGCACAGAGUAAAGUUCCCAGCCAACAUGAAUGCUUCACGUUCACAUUUGAAUUUUCUGGUCACAGAGAGUAGACAACGUGAGAUUCUUGAUCCAAAUUGUGAAGUGGUUGAAGCUGAAAGUCUUGAUGCCCUGCUCUUAGUUGCUAUCCAGUGCGUGUCUUCAAGCCCAGAGGAGCGGCCCACCAUGCACAGGGUGGUCCAAAUACUUGAAUCUGAGUUGAAUUUUCUGGUCACAGAGAGUAGACAACGUGAGAUUCUUGAUCCAAAUUGUGAAGUGGUUGAAGCUGAAAGUCUUGAUGCCCUGCUCUUAGUUGCUAUCCAGUGCGUGUCUUCAAGCCCAGAGGAGCGGCCCACCAUGCACAGGGUGGUCCAAAUACUUGAAUCUGAGGUCAUGACCCCAUGCCCAAGUGACUUCUAUGAUUCCAACUCAGACUGA